AUGAUUAUUGAUAUUCAUUUAGAAGUCUUAGACGAAUGUCAACAAGGGGACUUGCAUUCGAAGAAGGAAGACUUUUUUGAAAUUUUGGUUCAAGAAUUUAUGGGAAGCAAUUUUAUAAAGGAAGAAAACAUUCCUAAGGAACAGGGUAAUUAUUCAGAUUUCGGGUUUAGGGAAGAAAGACUUUGUUCCUAA